AUGCGCGAAGCGCCCGCAGCAACGGCCGGCGCAAUUCCGGUGGUGGACUUGUCGGCGGGAGAGGCGGCGUGCGCCGCCGCCGUGGAUAAGGCAUGCCGUGAGGUCGGCUUCUUCCUGCUGGCCAAUCACGGCGUGCCACGUCAGCUCAUCGCCGACGCCUUCCACCAGACGAGGCUGCUCUUCGGCCUGCCCGCUGAAGCCAAGGCCGCUGUGCGCCAGGACAGCAACAACCGCGGGUACACGGCAUUCGAGGAGGAGGUGUUGGAUCCGGCGGUGCAGGGGCAGCGCGGCGACACCAAGGAGGGCUACUACGUGGGCGUGGACAUCCCCCCGCACGACCCCCGUGCUGCCAAGCCCCUGCACGGCCCCAACGUGUGGCCGCCUCAAGGCCUCCUCCCCGCCUUCCGUCCCACCAUCUCUGCCUACUUCGCCGCCUGUCUCUCUCUCGCCCGCCGCCUCCUCCCCAUCCUCGCGCUCGCGCUCGGGCAGCCGCGGGACUUUUUCAAUCUGCCCGGAAGAUUCGACGACCCAAUAGCGCUGCUGCGGCUGCUGCACUACUCGGGGGAGGCGUCUCGGCCACAGGAGGGCGUGUUGGGGGCGGGCGCUCACACGGACUAUGGCAUGCUCACCCUGCUGCUCGUGUCACACCCCGGCCUGGAGAUCUGUGUGGAUCGCAGCAGCACACCACAGCAGUGGGUGCGCGUGCCAGUGGUACCAGGCACGUACAUUGUGAACAUAGGCGACAUGCUGGAGCGCUGGAGCAACGCCACAUGGCGCUCCACCCUGCACCGCGUGCUCGUGCUGCCGCAUGGGGAGGAAAGGGAGGGGGAGGAUGGUGGCGGCAGCACCAGUGCAUGUGGGGUUGAGGGUCAUACCGCUGGCAGUGCUGCCACAGGCAAUGAUAAUGCUGGUGACACUGGUGGCAGUGGGGACAGUGGUGGGGGGCAGGGCGGCAGUGAGGUGUUGGCAGCGGGGAGGGUGUCGCUGCCGUUCUUCUUUGAGCCCAACUUCGACUGCCUUGUGGAGUGCGUGCCCUCUCGCGUCGAUGCUGCCAACCCUGCACGGUUUCCCCCAACCACGAGCGGCCACUACCUGCUAUCACGCUACCAGGCCACGCACAAGGACCUGCAUGACUCGCUCAAAUAA